CCCUCUCUUAUCAACAAAUUCGAAACUUUUGUUUUUGCUCACCAGCGCCGCAAUCACCAUUAAGCUCCCAAGAAGUGCAUCAAUACCAUCCGCAGCAACCGCAGUAUCAACCGCAGCAAAUCAUAUCCAUCCCAUCCGUUGCUAUCCAUCAGAAGAGGGUCACUUGAAAGCAUAUCAAGACUGCUCCCAGCAAUUUGUGCCAUCUGACAAGUUGUAGAGAGGAAGCGGGUGUAUUUAUCGUCAUCGGAACAGACAGCUUCCCCCUCAAGUCUUUGUCAUGGCGGCUAAUACACAAGCUGCAGUGUCUAUAGCAGACCUUGAGGCGGUCGCUCAAGCUGCUAUGGGAUUAGACACAAACGGCAAUCCACUCCCAGGAAAUGAAGAGACACACAAAGCAUUGGCAGAAGCAGUGAAACGAUUAAGUGCAGUACAAGCAGCAACAGCCGCAGCACAAGGAGGAGAAUCGUCAAGUUCGGCAAGUAUAGCAACGCCAACGAAAGAUUCUCUAGCAAAGAAGCCAACCGAAUACAGUCGUACGACAGGCAAUUACGCCUCCGUACCAUCCCGCUCCACACCACAACAAGGUUCAACAUCAACGUAUUCCGGAUCACAGCAACAAUUUGACGCAGAUGGAACGCCGGUCAAACGAUUCCAAUGCCAUCUUUGCGAACGUGCUUUUGCUCGGGCCUACAACCUGAACACACAUUUGGCCACACACGACCCCGAUCCAGCAAAAUCCAAGCCAUUCCCAUGCCCUUAUCCUUCGUGCAAAUCUGACGGUGGACGCAGCUUUUCACGCAAGCACGAUCUACAGAGACAUGUUGCCAGCACACACGAACAUGAACCUAUACCGGACGAUGAAGAAGAGAUUGAUGAAAAUGGAGUCAGGGUAAGCCAAUUGGCCAAAUUGGGCUUGAGCACACCAGGAAGGAAAUUCCGUUGUGAAGAAUGCGGAAGGGCAUUUGUGAGAAGAGAUGCACUUAAACGGCAUCAAUGUAUGCCAAUGCCGCUCGAUCAUACAGGACCUAAUGGAGAAGAAAAGAGCUCAGCAAGCACACAACCUUCAUCGGCUUCUUCAUCCCCCGCUCCAAAUGCCCCUGCUGGUGCGAAUGGGAUCAGAAAUGGUGAGGAUUUAUAUUCAAAUGCAAUGCCAUCUGGUUUAUCGUUGUAUACUUCCACAACACCUCAACCUGGCCAACCUGCACGCAAGCCAGCUCCUACAGCAGCACAACCCAAGGGUGAACCUAAACAAGAGCUUGAUCCGCCAUUCUAUCCUUCCAGCAUCACAUACGAAUCUCUAACGCGAGAAGUACAAGAUAUGGCUAUGCAUUUGGUAGCACAGGCCACAAAGUACAAUCAAGCUCAUUCAGAGGGCGGACCCGAGGCAAAGAGUGAAGGUAGUGUACCUGGCAAAGGUACAAAGACAUAAUGUUGGGUUAAUUGAAAACUGUAUUUUAAUAGAUGUAUGCUAUCGAACUAUUGUAAUGGAUAUAUUGCACAAUGCUUCACAAUCCUAACCCUCGUCUAGCCUCCUCCAGCUUUGGUCGCACCCAAGCACUUCCACUGACCUCAAUUGCUGUCAUGACCGCACGUUGACCGAUUUCCAUUAAUUUCGGGUCCAAUCCAUCAGCGAAGCGUAAACAAUCCAUCUCUGCUUCGAUCGAACGUUCUUCCGGCAAAUCAGAGAUGCAUCGAGCGAUGACCA